CGUGUGUUAAGUGUUGAACGCAUGCGUGUAUGGAAUGUGUUGUUUGUGGCAAAAGUGAUGCCUAUAUUGGAGUUGAUGUCAGUCUAUGUGUGAGUCAAUCGAUGUUAAGCAGAGACCCAUCACUUGCGACGCCAUUACUAACAUAUAAACCCAAACUAUGUUUAUAUCAUUUAUUACUUAAUUUCAAGACUUUUAUAUUGUUUAUCAUCACAUUUGACAUCAUUUGACCAUUAAAUGAGUGGACAAACUGGUCUCAAAUCACUGAUAAUGACGAGACACGUGUUUGACAAGUGAUGAAUCAAACUAUAGUUUUAGCGCUUAUUUGAAGUUUUUCAGUGUUUUGAUGAUUGCAUUGAAUGUCAACACUUCUCACGUGUUGUUGUUUACCAACAAAUGUCUGGCCAUCACGUGUGACACCCGACACCUGUCAUCAUGUCUGACGUUAACAUUAAAAUAGAUUCAUCGCAUGAGUCGACCAACGAUGUCAACCAUAAGAGUGCCGAUAAUACAGACAACAAAUGUGCCAACAAUUAUGUGGUCAAAGUUGAGAUGACCCGACAAAUGUCUUUACCGACAAACCUAACAUCCAAUCAUUUGCCCGCAAACAGCGCACCAUUUUUAUCACCUCCGCAAUCGACUUCCAGUGCAGAUCCAGUUCAUGAUUUACCACCAGAACUGUUACAACAGGGUUGGCGUCGUUUCUGGAGUAAGAGAGAGGGCAGACCUUAUUUCUUCAAUAAGGUAACAAACGAGUCGAUGUGGGAUAUGCCUAACAGUAGUGGACAGUAUGAUCCAAUCACUGAUCCUCUUGGAAUUCAAUCACCGGUUCCGCCCACUCCUACAGACCCAGUGACGCCAACAUUACCGACUAACUUUGGACAUUGGCCUCAAAGAGGUGAUAAGCGAUCGCUGUCUAUGGACGAUGCAAUAACGGGUCAGCCACCCGCUAAACGGUUUAUAUUAAACGGACCGUUUGAUUUGGAAGUGCAUACAAAUGUGAUAAUUUGGGAAAGAUCUCCACUUAUGUUAUUUCACGCUCAUCCAGAACUGGAAGCUUUGAGGGCAAUAUUGGUAACUAAAUUAAGACAACAAUAUCAUGAAAUGUGUCAUUCAAGAGAAAAUAUUGAAACGCCUAAAGAAUCGUUUAAUAGAUGGCUUAUGGAGAGGAAAGUUAUAGAUAAAGGUUGUGAUCCAAUGAUACCAAGCGAUUGCUAUUCUGAAAUGUCUCGAUCCAUGUAUAAUGAGAUAAUGAAUGACAUUCCCAUCAAACUAUAUAAACCGAAAUACUCGGGUGAGGCCCGCAAACAAUUGUCGAAAUAUGCAGAAGCGGCCAAAAAGAUGAUUGAAUCACGCAAUGCAUCGCCUGAAAGCCGAAAGAUUGUUAAGUGGAAUGUUGAGGACGCCUUCCAAUGGAUCCGAAAGACAUUAAAUGCCACUUUUGAAGAUUAUCAACAAAGAUUAGCUCAUCUUAAGCAACAAUGUCAGCCACAUUUGACUGAAGCGGCCAAAGCUUCGGUUGAAUCUAUUUGCACUAAAAUCUAUCAUUUGUCGUGUGAAUACGCAAAGAAAAUUUAUCAGAAGAAUAUUGAAGUCUUAACCGCUGAUGGACUAAAAGAAAGCGGUCCUUUAAGAGUACAAAAUCCGAAAAAAGUGUUUUGUUAUCCCGUAGUGUUGACUCAUCCCUGUCCUAAAUUACCGCCCGUCCAUAUCUUUACCGAUAAAGAUAUGACUCAUUUACGGUAUAAAAAUGAUUCAUUGCGUGUAAGCACUCUAUACCUCCAAAAGUUGGAACAACUUUAUCGAUACAAUUGUUUUGAUGAUCGCAAGUUUAACCUGUUUUUAACACGUGUUUGGUGUCUACUUAAGAGAUAUCAAACUUGGUUUGGAAGCAAUGAGAGUACGCCCACUCAGGGGGCAUUACCUCUGUCGGUGUUUAGUGUAUUACAAAAGCAUUUCGGAGUGACCUUUGAAUGCUUUGCAUCACCUCUUAACUGCUAUUUUAGACAAUACUGUUCAGCAUUUGCGGACACCGACGGACAUUUCGGGUCUCGCGGAUCAAUUCUAAACUUUUAUCCGGUUUGUGGAUCAUUUGAAGUUAAUCCUCCAUUUUGUGAGGAAUUAAUGGAAUCAACAGUUGAUCACUUCGAGCGUCUUUUGGGUAAUACAUCGGAACCGCUGUCGUUCAUAGUGUUUGUGCCUGAAUGGAGAGAUCCGGUCCCAAAAGUGAUAACCAAAUUGGAAAGCAGUAAAUUUAAACGUAAACAUCUGGUUAUACCCGCCUAUGAACAUGAAUACCGAAGUGGUUUGCAACACAUGUGCGACAAAAAUGAACUGAACGUGAAGUCAGCUCACGGAACACUCAUUGUCUUCCUUCAGAAUGACUCCGGGUUUCUCAAAUGGGGGCCAACACCUGAACGGGUUGAUGAGCUCAUUGAAGCUUAUAAAUGUGGCAGAGAUAAAGACAUACCUAUUUUAUCUCCUCCUCCCACUCCUAUUAAUAAUCAAAAAAGUGAAUCCGACAAACAGAUAAUCUCAGAAAGUGGCCAUAAAUUAGACGAUUCAACUGUUAGUGUAUCUAACUGUGAAUAA